CCGUGACUUUGACUCGAGACACCAACUAACAAAUUAGAGAAUUCAAGUCGAAACCGAGACAAGACGCAGAUCCCGUAUGAUGAUGCUGUCCUCUACCCGAUCAAUUGUCGCAUCAAAGUUGCUCCUUCAACUACUCGUUGGUUGGAAAAUGGAAUCAUCGGUCGCCUUUGUUCCCACCACCCGGUUGGUUUCGACCCGUGCCGGCGAGAUCCCAGCGACCACCAGCAAGCAGCUAGCUACCGAUAGCGCCGGAGACGCCCCGGAGUUUGGUGGUGCUCCCGACAACGAGAAAGAAAGCAGCAGCAACGACGACUCGCCGUCGUACGAAAUGGGGACCGUCAAGGUCAACGACGGCGGAUCGGACCUCACGGAUCGGUUCAAGUACAAGGUACACGCCCUCAUGGGCGAUUUCGAUCCGGUGGAAGGCACGGCGAACGACGAGACCCAGGACGGGAACAUCAUGAGCGCGCUGGUCAAAUUUCCGAUGCAGCACACCUUCGACGUGGUCGGAAAGGUUUCCGCUAGCACCGGCGACGAUGGUACCAACGACUAUGCCGCAACCGUCAAGCAAAUCAUCUUUGAAACGACCGGGGAUGAAAGCAUCGAGUGCGACGUAAUUCCGAGGGGGAAAAAAUUCAUCAAGGUCCGCUGUAGGGCAAUGGUAGAAUCCACGACGAUGAUCAAUUCCAUCUACGACGAGCUGGGGGAGAUGGAAUCGACCGUGAUGAAGUUCUAGGGUGAUGGUCGUCCAGAGUUGAACUUCAUCGCA